AUGGGAUAUCUACAUUUGAAGGACCCUCGUAGACUGAUACCCGAAAUCGACGGAUCUCAACGGCAUAAGACACAAGAAUUUAUAAGCGCCAGAUUGCGUGAGGACAUCAAAAUGAUAGUCCGAUCGCAAAAAUAUACUACCCUGCAAGAGGCUAUUAACGCCGCGAGCGCGGAAGAAAAAGUUAAGGGCCCUUCCUUAAAAACGCCAUUUAACAAUCAAAAUAAGAGUGGGCCAAAUCAAAAUAAAAAUAUACAAUGCCAUAAAUGCGGAAAAGCAGGACAUUACGGUCAAAAUUGCCGGACGAGCCGUUAUGCGAAUAAAUUUUCCUUGCCUCGUGCUGAAAAGCUAGCAGGAAUUAAUACCAUCGAGAAAUUUUACACCUAUUGUAAAAAGGCGGGACAUAAUCGAAACGAGUGUUGGAUACUUAACGGACGAACCGAUAGAGAUACGCGACAACGCGCGAGACGCGAAACGGAUAACAAAACAAAGCGAGUGAACACCGCAGUGAAAGCGAGAGAAUCAAGAAGGAGCAAGCGAAAUAGCGAUAGCGAGGAAGAUUCAUAUGCUAGUAGCGAAGAAGAAGAGAGAACGAAGACGCGGAAAAAGCGAGAGACAAUUGAGCAUCAGAUUACGCAAGUAACCGGAAAUCGUGCGAAUAUCGGCCUUAGAUUAGUAACGUUGCUGAUAAAAGAAAAAGAGAUAAAUCUCUUAUUAGAUACCGGAGCCACCCUAACACUAAUCAAAGUGGGGAAUUUGAAUGGCGAAACGCUCAUAACUAAAAAGCCAAUGGCUCUCACCGGGGUGACGGGCCAUCAAAUUAAAACUAUUGGUAAAAUAAAGGCGACUGUAAUAAUAGGAAAUAAAGAAAUACGCCACACCAUGCACGUCGUGAAGGAUGAUUUCCCUAUCGACUACGCAGGAAUACUCGGUAUGGAUUUCCUGCAGAAACAUAAAAUUAAGAGCGAUCAAAAAAGCUAUCUUCAAGUCGAUGGAGUAACACUGAAACUCCAUCCCUAUAAAAAAUUAACGCUAACUCCUCGUAGCGAAACCAUUAUUCAAGCGGUAACAGAUAAAAAUCGCAUUGGAAUAGUAAAAUCAAAGGAAAUGCGACCAGGAGUAUUUAUUGGCAACUGCCUGGUAGCACCUGAGGAAUAUGCUCGCCCAAUAAGUAUGCUAAAUACAACGGGAGAGAUAGUAGAAAUAAUAACACCGCUCGUGACAAUAGAUGAAUUGCGGGCAAAUGACUGCGAGAAUAUACUCACCCUACGUACGGCAUGUAACAAGAGCAACUCACCAAUACUAACGCGCCGCGAGCGUAUACAAGCGCAGAUAGGAACCGAACAUUUAAAUCAAGAGGAUGUUGUACCUCUCGAUCAAUUAGGAAAUGCAAAAUAUUUUUCCACAUUAGAUCUCGCUUCGGGAUAUCAUCAAAUUCCCAUGAGCGAGGAACACAAAAAUAAAACAGCCUUUUCCACUUCGCAUGGGCACUACGAGUUCAAUAGAAUGCCCUUCGGGUUAAGGAAUGCACCCGCAACGUUUCAAAGAUUAAUGAACGCGAUAUUAGCCGAAAUUCAAGGCCUGAGAUGUCUCGGAUACUUGGACGACAUCGUCGUCUACGGAUCAAAUUUGGAAGAACAUAACAAACGCCUGAUUGAAGUAAUGCAGCGUUUACGGAAACAUAAUCUAAAAUUACAGCCCGACAAGUGCAAUUUCCUUAGAAAGGAAGUAAUUUAUCUAGGUCCAAUAAUUACUGAAAAUGGAAUACGACCAGAUCCAAGCAAAUUAAGUGCUGUAAACAAUUUUCCUAUACCGAGAAAAAUCAAGAAUGUGCAAUCAUUUAUCGGAUUGGCCGGAUAUUACCGGAAAUUCAUUGAAGAAUUCUCUAAAAUUGCAAAACCCCUUACGAGUUUAACCAAAAAGGGGAUAAAAUUUGAAUGGGGUAUGGAACAGCAAAACGCGUUCGAAUUAUUAAAGGCAAAACUCACGACGGCACCCGUACUAAGUUACCCGGAUGUCUCUCGUGAAUUCUUAGUAACGACCGACGCAUCCGAUCAUGCAAUCGGAGCCGUAUUAUCACAAGGUCCUGUAGGCAGAGACCGACCGAUUGCUUAUGCUAGUAGAAUUUUGAAUAAAGCCGAACAAAACUAUAGCACAACGGAAAAAGAACUAUUAGCUAUAGUAUGGGCCGUGAAACAUUUUCGACCAUAUUUAUAUGGUACAACGUUUACCAUUGUGACAGACCACAGACCUUUAAUCUGGCUAUUCAAUGUCACGGAUCCAGGUUCUAGAUUAAUUAGAUGGCGACUAAAAUUAGCGGAAAAUCCAGUUACGGACGACCCACACGUCAAUCUCAUCCAUCCGGAGGAAGAAGAACGGCAAGAAGAAGAAGAAGAAGAAGAGGAAGAAACAAUUAAAGAAUAUACGGCUGAGGAGAAACGCCGCAUACUGUACGAGUAUUACAACGCUCUAUUAGGGGGGCAUCAGGGGGUCGCGCGGACACUGAACCGACCAUUAACUGUCGCAACCAAUGGAAAUAAAUAUAUCCUGACCUUCCAGGACAAUUUAACUAAAUUCAGUAAAGCUAUUCCUAUAUAUAAUCAAGAAGCGGCUACCGUUGCGAAAGCAUUCGUGACUAAAAUAGUAGUAGAACACGGCACGCCGGAUAAAAUUCUUACCGAUCAAGGUACUAACUUUACUAGCGAAAUGUUUAAAAAUACUUGCAAACUAUUGGAAAUAGAAAAGAUACAAACAACAGCCUAUCAUCCGGAGAGUAACGGAGCCUUAGAGCGCUCACACAGAACGAAUAUUUCUAGCAUUAUGUUAACGAGGAACAGAGCGACUGGAACGAGUGGCUACCCUACGCAAUGUUCGCCUAUAAUAAUAACUCUA